AUGACCAAGACAGCAGCAGCAGCGCGCGAGCCCGAGGCAGAGGCCUCGCCCACGCCAACCAAGGCCAAGCCCAGCAGCUUCAACAUGGUGUGGUAUCUCGUGCCCGUGCUUCUUGCGAUUGCUGCGGGGUUGUACUCGCUCCCGCUCGAGACAACUGACGAUGCGAUCGUCUUCUCCAAGAGCCCGCGCCAGCUCGCCGUCAACAUGUCGGCGCCGCUGCCGGAGAAGUACCGCAGCGAUAUCGUGCGCAUCCAGACGCGCAAGCUCCUUACACCAGACCCUGCGUGCGUGCCGCCUAUGGCGCCCACCGACCGCGUGCACGUCACGUCGUACCUCGGUCGCCCCGAGACGCUGCGCGCGCAAAAGUCCGUGCUGUUUUUGCUCAACGGCGAGAACGACGGCGUCGUCUUGCCGUGGGACGUGGCCGACGGCUGCUUGCACGCGCUGACAGCGUCGGCGGCGUUCGCACUGGGCGUCGAUGCCGACUAUGCGGCCAACGGCCUUCGCCUUCACAACAGCGACGGGCAGCCGAUCGACACCGCGAGCGAACUGGACCGGGACCGCAUCGUGUACAUCCUUACCGACUUUCAGCUGUGGGUGUGGCCUGGCGUCGAAGUCGGCUAUGAGCGGACGGUGGACGGCGUCAAGCUCAAGACGCUCUCGUUGGCACCGCUUGUGUUUGGCGUCGAGGAUUUCUUCACGUCGGACGAAACCGAGUAUGCGAUCGAGCUCGGCUUGGAGCAUUUGAAGCGGUCGCCAGUCGACAGCAAGGAAGCGCCGGACGGGUACCACGCCGACCGCACGAGCUUCACGGCGUUCUUGGACGACUCGCACUACACGCGCGACUUUCGCGCCCGGACGGCGGCGCUCGCGCGGCUGCCGUCGCCCGUCUACUGCGAGCGCAUGCAGCUGCUGCGGUACCAGACGGGCCAAUUCUUCCGUCAGCACGAAGACUAUUUUAGCUCGAAAGACUUUUUGCAGCAGUCGGCGACGGCGGUCGCCGACUAUGAAGCGUGGGCGACGUGGGCGGCGGCGACGAUCGACGCGCUGCCCGAGAGCGUUCCCGUGCCAUUCCAACAAGGCCACCCGCUGUACCCGGUCGUGGCCGACACAGGCCGGUGGCAGCAUGCGCUGCUGCAGCUCUUCUUGGACGAAGCCGCGGCCACCGGAUACUUUGCCACGGAACACGUCUCGGACGUGGCGUGGCGCGACUGGAUCCAGGAAAACGUCCAGAACAAGGCCGUGGACAUCCUCAAGCAGCUCCUCGAGUCCAAGCCGUAUAUGCUUGAAGGGAUCAUCGCGUCGUGGGAAAAGCACAUUGGGCUGCCCGCCCUCCACUACAAGGCGCCCAAGCACCCGCCGAGUGGCGUGUCCCACUACUUUCGCUGGAUCCGCUGGGCCAAGGAGCGUGUCGAGCAAGUCGGCGAGGACGCGCCGGUCGUCGUGCGCACGUACGGUCGCGACUACCCGACGUAUCGCAUGCAGUUUCAGACCAAGAUGAUCCAGUACGUUUUGGAGGACUACACGCCGGACGACAUCGAUGCGGCGCUGGGCGCACCCAACAUGGCUGCGUGGCUCGAAGAGAACAAAGACGCGACCGAUGCGCUCCUCGACAUUCUGCGUAGGGCACCAGCCAUGUUUGACCUCGUUGUCGCGUCCUGGACCAAGCGCGCGGGCGACGCCUUUGUCUACACAAAACCGGUGCAGUUUCAGCACUUUGAGCCGAACCGGUUCGUGACGCUCUUCUUGUACCUCAACGACGUGCCCGAGGGCGGCGAGACUGUGUUCCCGUACUCGAAGGAGCGUUUGGUGACGGACAUUGAGCGCGACGGCAUGGCCGAGUGCUCCGAGGGCCUCGCGGUGCCAGCAAAGCGACUCAAGGCCGCCUUCUUCUACGACCAGACGGGCCAGAACAUCCUCGACCCGCUCAGCCUCCACGGCGGGUGCCCGCCCGCCCGUGGCACCAAGUUUGGCGCCAAUCUCUUUACGUGGAACGCCGACGCAGACGAAGGCUCGAACGCGUGGGGCUUUGGCGGCUAGAGCCCUGUCUUUUAUGUGUUUUAAAUCAUUCAAUCAUGCCGCCUUCUCCCCUAACGACCAC